GGGUCUCCGCCCUCACCUGCGGCCAUGGCGGCUCCGGGGCCGCGCGCGCUCACCUGGAGCCUCCUGGGGCUGCUCUACCUGCGCGGUGCGCUGUGUGCAGGUGCCGCCCCCUGGCUGCCGGAAGCGCCGCAGGCGCCUCCCCAGGGAACGGCGCAGGUGCGGCUCCAGCUGUGCCCACAGGUGACGGCCCAGGUGAGCACCCCGGUGGACGCCCAGGUGGAUGCCCAGGACCAGCUGAAGGUGCGGCUGGUGAACGGCUCGUCCAGGUGCGUGGGCAGGGUGGAGGUGCUGCACAAGCACAGGUGGGGCUCGGUCUGCGACGACACCUGGGACAUGGCGGACGCACAGGUGAUCUGCCGUCACCUGGGCUGCGGCUCCGCCCUGGCCGCCCCCGGCCACGCCCACUUCGGCCAGGGGGCGGGGCCCAUCUGGCUGGACGGGACGCACUGCACAGGUGAGGAGCUCACCUUGGCCAGGUGCCAGCUGCACACCUGGGGCGAGCACAACUGCGCCCACAGCGAGGACGCCGGCGCCGUCUGCUCAGGUGUGCCCAGGUGUGCCCAGGUGCCGACCCCCCCCAGGUGCGGCUGCGGGGCGGCCCCGGGCCCUGCGCGGGGCAGGUGCAGGUGCUGCUGCAGCGCACCUGGCUGCAGGUGUGCGGCCUCACCUGGGGGCUGCCCGAGGCGCAGGUGCUGUGCCGGCAGCUGGGCUGCGGCCCCGCCCUCAGCGCACCUGUGGGGCCGCACCUGCCCGGGCAGCCCUACCUGGCCGAGCUCACCUGCCGGGGCUCCGAGGAGCUGCUGCUCGAGUGCCGCGGGCUCCGCCCAGGUACCUGCGCCUCAGGUGCGGCCGCCGCCGUCGCCUGCGCCGAGCUGCCAGCCCCGCCCGACUCCUGCUCGCUGCUGGGGGCGCUGCUGGGGGUGGGGGCGGGGCUCUGCGGGGCCCUGCUGGGCCUUUACCUGUGCGCCAGGUGCGCCAGGUGCGCCCCGCCCCGCCGGGGCCGGCCACGCCCAGGUGAGCCCCUGCUGGCCCCGGGCUCGGAGGGGCCCUGACCCCGGGAAACCAGUACGGACCAGUAUAAACCAGUAUAAACCAGUAUAAACCAGUAUAAACCAGUACGGACCAGUACGGACCAGUAUAAACCAGUAUAAACCAGUAUAAACCAGUACGGAC